AUUCAGAACUCCAGAGCCGUCGCCCCCUCUGCUCUCUCUGCCCCAUAAUUCUCGAUUAGGGUUUUACCAAACCCUGAAAGAAAUCAGGGUUUUUAAGGAUAAAAGAUGGUUUUUGGUCAGGUGGUGAUCGGACCUCCGGGCUCCGGCAAGACAACGUACUGUAAUGGAAUGUCGCAGUUCCUCCAGCUCAUCGGCAGAAAAGUGGCCGUGAUUAAUUUAGAUCCUGCAAAUGACGCACUACCAUAUGAGUGUGCUGUGAAUAUCGAGGAUCUUAUAAAACUCGAGGAUGUGAUGGCUGAGCAUUCUCUUGGACCCAAUGGAGGCCUUGUUUAUUGCAUGGAUUACUUGGAGAAAAACAUUGAUUGGCUGCAGGCGAAGUUGAAACCUCUAAUCAAAGAUCACUACCUUCUAUUUGAUUUUCCUGGCCAGGUUGAGCUCUUCUUCCUUCAUGCAAAUGCAAGGAAUGUUAUUUCUAAGCUCAUCAAGGCAAUGAAUCUCAGGUUGACUGCCGUUCACUUAAUUGAUGCCCAUCUAUGUUGCGAUCCUGGAAAAUACAUCAGCGCAUUGCUUCUCUCACUGUCAACUAUGCUUCAUUUGGAACUCCCUCACAUCAAUGUUCUAUCAAAGAUUGAUCUAAUUGAGAGCUAUGGAAAGUUGGCGUUCAAUCUUGACUUUUAUACAGAUGUUCUAGAUCUGUCUUAUUUGCAGCAGCAUCUUGAUCAAGAUCCUCGGUCAGCAAAGUAUAGGAAAUUAACAAAGGAGUUAUGUGAUGUCAUUGAAGAUUUUAGCCUCGUUAACUUCUCAACUUUAGAUAUUCAGGACAAAGAAAGUGUUGGAAAUCUUGUGAAGCUUAUAGAUAAAAGCAAUGGAUAUAUAUUUGCCGGCAUAGAGGGGAGUGUUGUGGAGUUCAGCAAAAUUGCAGCUGCUCCUCUUGACUGGGAUUACUACAGAACAGCUGCAGUGCAAGAGAAAUAUAUGAAGGAUGAUGAAAUUUUUAAAGAUUGAUGGGAGCAAUGCGGGUGCUUGCAACGUACCAAUAUGUAUAUUUUCCCCCACCUGUUUUCCAAACUUCCAUAUGAAUUCGAAAUAUAAUUUGGCACAUCUGUAGUCACUUAAAUCUUUGUGUGAGAAAGUAUAAUUGUGAUGAGGCAAUUUAACUGUAGGCAUGUAAAUGGUUUGGAUUUUCUCUUUUCCUUUUUGAUCUUUUGUUUCUCG